UCAAACAUAAUGCUGCUGCGUGACAACCAGGUCUUGUGACUCCACUGUCUUCUGUCAACAUGAGCACUACUCUGAAGUUCACUGCACUAUUGCUGGCCCUUAGCCUCUGCCGGGGGCUGAGGCACGACUACAUCGACAACUACAUCGACAACUACAUUGACGAGGUGACGGAGGAAGAGGCCGAGCUCGUCGCACAGCCUUCGAAAUAUGGCUCUCUGUGGCCUCUGCCGCAGAAAGUGCAGCUCUCAGAGGUUUCAUUCAAGUUAACCAGCUCCAGCUUCAGAAUUGUCGACGCCAAAGACUCAACCGCCGGGCCGAGCUGCAGCCUCCUGCAGGACGCGUACAGGAGGUAUUAUGAAUACAUGUUCGGCAUUGCAAAAAGGCAGCAGCUGAACAAAGGCAGGCGAACAGGCCCCUCUGAGCUGACGGAGCUGCAGGUGUGGAUCACAUCACCUGACUCUGAAUGUGACAGUUACCCCAGUUUGACUUCUGACGAGUCAUAUGAGCUGUCAGUGAAUCAGCCGUAUGCUGUCCUCAAAGCACCGAAGGUCUGGGGAGCCCUGCACGGUCUGGAAACUUUCAGCCAGUUGGUGUAUGAAGAUGAAUAUGGAGCUAAAAGCAUCAAUUCAACAACAAUCAGUGAUUUCCCCAGAUUUGCACAUAGGGGCAUCUUACUGGACAGCUCUAGGCAUUUCCUGCCCAUCAAAGUCAUCUUGGCCAAUCUGGAAACAAUGGCCAUGAAUAAAAUUAAUGUCUUUCACUGGCACAUUGUGGAUGAUCAAUCCUUCCCUUACCUGAGCCGAACGUUCCCGCAGCUGAGCCAGCAGGGAGCUUACCACCCAUACACACAUGUGUAUACACCUGCUGAUGUGAAGAUGGUGAUCGAGUUUGCCCGUCUGAGAGGCAUUCGCGUCAUCCCAGAGUUUGACACUCCAGGGCACACACAGUCUUGGGGCAAAGGCCAGCCAGAUCUGCUUACACCCUGUUACUCUGGAUCCAAACCCUCUGGCACCUUCGGACCAGUGAACCCCAUCCUGAACACCACAUACGACUUUAUGAGCCAGUUCUUCAAGGAGAUCAGCGCUGUGUUCCCUGAUGCCUAUGUUCACCUGGGAGGUGAUGAGGUGGACUUCACCUGCUGGAAGUCCAACCCAGACAUUCAGAAGUUCAUGGAUCAGCAAGGCUUCGGACAAGACUACAGCAAACUGGAAUCAUUCUAUAUCCAAAAACUCUUGGAUAUUGUCACCACUACCGAGAAGGGCUACACGAUCUGGCAGGAGGUCUUUGACAAUGGUGUAAAGCUGAAACCAGACACACUUAUCCACGUUUGGAAAGGAAACCAGCAGCAAUACCAGAAUGAGAUGGCAAAUGUUACAUCAUCAGGGUACCGGACCCUGCUGUCCACUCCCUGGUACCUGAACCGUAUCUCCUACGGCCAGGACUGGCAGGGCCAUUACAAGGCAGACCCGCAGGAUUUCAAGGGAACUGAAGCACAAAAGAAGCUUGUGAUUGGUGGAGAAGCCUGCUUGUGGGGAGAGUAUGUGGACGCCACCAACCUGACACCCAGACUCUGGCCUCGUGCAAGUGCAGUGGCAGAGCGACUGUGGAGUGCCAAAGAUGUGACAGACAUCAACGAUGCCUUCAGCAGACUGUCUGUGCACCGCUGUCGCAUGGUGGACCGCGGAAUCCCAGCUGAGCCGUUGUUUUCCAGCUACUGUCCCCAUGAGUACAAGGGUAUAUGAAAACAACUGAGAGGAUGCCAAGUGGGAGCAAGAAAAGGGAAGCAAUUCCAUGCAAUCAAUUCCAUGCUUUUAUUUCAAACCGAGAAAUCAAAUGCUGAACUGCCAUUGAAGAGAUGUCACUGUACUGAUGCUGAGACACAUCAUCCUUUCUAAAUCUCCAGACCUACAAAACUCUUAAUCACAUCCUAUGUCAUAAACAUCUUGGAUUUAUGAAUGCACUUUUUGUUUUUUAUCAAUGUUUGUAUAACUUCUGAAUAAAAUCUUUACAUUUUA